UUUGCACAACGCCCUACCUGCCCACUCCCCAUUGUGGCACGGAGUUGCACGGCUGCUACAACGUAAACUACCCAGUGUUCUGGCAGUCUGCGAAGGAAGCGGACGCAGCACAGCAGACAAGAAGCGUGGAGCACUAGCGGUCUGUCAGUCCGACUAUCUGCCGAAUAAAAUAGGCUACACAAGAAGCUGAGCAGAUAACCACUCGGACAGAUCCAUGUCCCGUCCCAGUGGUUGAAAGAACAGAAAGAAACGAGAGGACACCUUCACAUGCAUGAAGAGCAACACGCAACACAAGGGGACUGUGAGUGCAGGUGAGGUGAGGACAAGGACAAGUCCUUCAUCCAUCCGUCAACGUCCGAGUGUCCCGGUGCCGCCCACUCUCAGGUCACCUCAACCGCGACGGCGGCCGAACAAAUAGGAGUCUCUCGAACCCAGCGUCCCUCAGACUGCCUGCCUUCGCAAAGCAAAUAUUUGAAGCCAUUAUAUCUCAUUUCCCAGGGCUAACCUUCGGUGAAAAGAUCAACGGAAAGGGAGUGAUCGCUCAGAGAGAGACGGACAAAGAGAGAAAGAAAGAAAGGGGGAGGGUGAAAAACAGUAACCCUUUCAAAGUGAACUCUGCCUGCUAUUUCUGCUGCGCUGUGGGCAGGAGAACGUCCCAUUUGGGAGUGCUUUUGGCCAGUGGCAACAGGAUUUCCCUGCUCCCUGCCCAUUUAUCCAAAUGCCUGUGUAAAUACUAGAUAGAGAUAUCAAUUUGUCUGGGCUCCAACAGUGCCCAAAAAGAGACUAUCUAUAGCUAUAAGCUAUCUAUAGCAAGCUCCACAUCAAACGUGGCCUCUGUGGUCACAGAAUUGCUACCUAUUUAUUUCCUCAGUAGAGAGAUUCAGGAACUGUGAGUGAGAAUGGGAGCUGUUAUGUCUUUAGUUCUGAAGCAGAAAGCUUACUGAAAAAGUUCACACUAGAGUAGAACUUGAAAGGCACAACAAUAAAUCCAGGGGGACACCUUUCGCCACUCGCUGCAGGAGAAGGCAGCCAUUUUGGGGCUGCUGUUUUGAUGUCUUUACCCGAAAGGGUGGAGCACCAUGAAACCGCUAACACCCAUAGGAUCCCCCUCACCUCUGAGGCUCCUCAACAAGGGCCCGGACUACCUGCGUAGGCAGAUGGAGGGUGGGGGCCAGGGCCGAUCUAUCAGCGCUGUAGAGAGACUAGAGGCAGACAAGGCCAAGUACGUUAAGAGCCAGCAGGUCAUUAACACCAAGCAGGAGCCCGUCCUGGUGCCCUGCACACCACCUCCUCCACACCGUCGUCCCCUCACCGUGCCUGGGAGUCUCACCCCACGGCUGCCACCCCGCCGUUCCUCUGCCCCUUUCCCCACCCUGACCGGCCCCCUCAAAGUACGAGACGAGAACGAGAAUGAUGACUCGAGGAAGGAGAAUCGGAGGACGUCGGUGGAUGUGGAAGCACGGAACAGGAGUAACGCCAACAAGGUGACCCCACCCAGCCCCAGGACCCCCAGGACUCAACCCUCCGUACCCCUGGUAGCCCCUCACAGUGCACCCAUCCUGAGGAGGAGCACCGGUAAGCGCAUGCUGCGGCCUGACUCCCUGGUCAUCUACCGGCAGAAGAAAGAGUGCAAAAGCCUGCCUAGUGGUGGCAUCGUAUUGGGGAACUCCACCAUGGAGAUAAAGGGGUACAACUUUGUCCGCCGCCUCUUCCUGGGCUCCAUGCGGGAGAAGAGUGGCGGGGGCGAGGGGGACACCCAGAAGAUGGUGAUCAGCGAGGAGAAAGCUCUGUCGCGGGAUGGUGACUCACACAUGUCCUGGACCACUGACAAGGACACAGUGGACGGGGGACAGGGAGGGCCGGGUAGCCAGAGAUCCAGUAAGACGGACCACGAGCGCUCACCGCUGCCCAGCCCUGGCUUCAGCUGUACACCGGAGCGGACUAAGAAUGGUGUUAGCUGUGUUAGCAAUGGCACCACCAAUGGUACCAGAAAUGGCAAUGGCAUCACCAAUGGUACCAGAAAUGGCAAUGGCAUCACCAAUGGUACCAGAAAUGGCAAUGGCAUCACCAAGGGCAACAACGUGAGUGACCACACUGACAACGAGGCGGACAUCUGGAAACGGGUGCCACCACCACCACCACCGCGGCGGCGUUCAGGACUACAACGCUCCAAGUCAGAUCUGCUUCUGCGAUGCUCAGUGGCGUUGUCUGACCAGGAGCAUUUCUUUGACUACUGCGGGCUGGACCUGGACAUGGUGGACCGGCUGGGGCCUGAGAACUUCCUGGGUGGGGCCAGCGACGUAGACACGCUCUCGUUGGUGCUGAGGAGCAUAGGGGGAGGGCGCGGUGGCUCGGAGCCCAGCGAGUUCUCCCGCCACUCAGGAGAGGCGGGGCUUUUCCAGGAGGAGGUGGCCGAGAAGCUGACCACGGGGGUGUCAAUCAUCGAGAGGAACGCCCGUGUCAUCAAAUGGCUCUACAGCUGCAAGAAUGCAGCACAGGAGGGGCCCAAAGAGUCCACUGUUUAGACACCACUUCUCUAAAAGAAGACAUGUUCCCCUAUGACUGAAGGACAGAGACUUUGUUAUUGUACUGUAAUCCUUAGUCUUCUCCCAGGUUGAUAUGCUGUAUUUAUAGGUCCUAUGGAAAGUGAGGGGUGUGGAUGGGCUACACCUUAUUUUCCAGUGGAAUCAUUUACCCCUGAAGAUGUUAGUGUCAGUGAGUGUGUGCGGUUGUGUUGGAUAUGGCUGUCCCGCCCACUCCCUAUCCUAACCAAUAUGUAUUGUCAGAUCUAUAGUGACUGACAGCUCCGCUCUGACUCUACAACACACAAUAAGACGCAUCAGUGGGAAAACAACAGGCACAGAUGAGGCUGUAUUUAGCGUCGUGGACGCACAACACAACCCUACACUCUUCUCUCGAACAAAUUCAUAAUUUAGAAUGGAAGACCACAGAGGGUUUUUCUGAACUGGAGUGAACCGUGAGUACCUCAUUCCGAACUGUGCCCGUUUAGUUUGUGUGUUGCCUUUUUUUUCUUCUUAAACGCGGGCGUUGGAACAAACACGCGAGGGCCCCUGUGGGGUCGUUAAAUGCACUGAACUGGACGAAAAGUGAGAGAGGGAGGAAAUGAGUGAGAGAGAGAGAGUGGAAACGAGUGAGAGAGAGAGGAAACGAGUGAGAGAGAGAGGAAACGAGUGAGAGAGAGAGGAAACAAGUGAGAGAGAGAGGGAGGAAACGAGUGAGAGAGAGAGGAAACGAGUGAGAGAGAGAGAGAGAAUGAGAAACAGCUUUAUAGGAGACUCCUCUCAAAUUAAACACUGAGCAUAAUACUCUAGAGACAGUACUUCCAGGACAGUCGUAUUAGACAAGGAGGGACGCAGGGUCGGUUAUUUUGAUCCUACAGCACCUCUGAACCUUACCCCAAAGAGCGCUAUAACUCUUACACAGCAACUACUGACCACUGAUACGUUAGUUGUGACGCAAUUGUGAUUGAUUUUGACAGCUACAGCUGUGUGACUGGCUGGCAGCGAACUCUGCAUUGCCUUUUUAUCUGUUGCUACUGUGUAAGCUACCUUGUUGCCAUUGCAGGAUAGAAAUUAAAGUGUGAUAAGUUAUUUUUACUGGAUAGCUGGUCAAUUCCUUGUGGGAAAAAAAGUGACUUUUUACUUCGCUACCACAAAAUAUUAACUUAAAAGGGCAUUUUAAAUUCCUCACAAACACAGAUGUAUUUUGUUGCUGUUGUCAUGUAACAUUUUCACCAUAGUGUUCAAAGUGUAAGGGACCAUGAGCUAUCAGGUUGCCAAAUAUUUGAGGGUGUCACCUUCACAGAGCUGACGUUUACAGAGUCCCCCAGACUCCCUCUGGUUUGAGGGUUGGGGUUCCUCUCCCCUCUGGGGCCAAUGGUCAUCUGGUUAUAAUAAUAAUAAUAAUAUGCCAUUUAGCAGACGCUUUUAUCCAAAGCGACUUACAGUCAUGUGUGCAUACAUUCUACGUAUGGGUGGUCCCGGGAAUCGAACCCACUACCCUGGCGUUACAAGCGCCAUGCUCUACCAACUGAGCUCUACCCUAGGCCUGGGGGAGGACGGUAAGGGGGUGAGAACUCCCUCUCUUACCCCUCUACCUUUUUAAUAGCUGUAGAUCCUGUCUCACUUCAUCAAUCUGUCAGUGAUGCCCAUUUUUAUCGAAAUGAAAACGUCACCUUGAUCAGAGUUCUCCCUGGGAUACCUCUGAAAAAUUCACUGAAGUUCCGCGGGUGGUAUGUACGGGUUAGAAUGUGACACGGAGAGACAGAGUCAUUGGGUGGAGUAAUAUUGGACCUGAGGAGGGUCACAUGAUAGGCUAUGUAAUAAAUCAACAACCAAUCCCCUUUUAGAGCCAUGGUGUUUUCUCUCUGUAAGUAGCAUAGCGCCCCAAAACAACUGGACCCCCUUCCCCCCUUUAAACUGGAUUUGUGUUGCAAACUCUUCGGAGAAAAUUGUUCUCUUGCAUGUUUACAAAAUGUCUGUACAUUUUUCGAUCUGUUUUAUUUUCCGUGUAUAUGAGAGGUUUUAGUUUUUACUCCAAAGAGAAGUGUGUAUGAUGUUGUACACAGACAAUUUUAAGAAUAAAGUUAUAUUUGUGCGAGAAA